AAGUACCGUUACCAGGACGAUGAGACUUUGCCUGCCGAUCCCAGCCCCGGUCACAUGACCCACGGACGCAGCACCGAGCUGAGCCACACACACCUGGACGGAUACACACACCCUGCAGCUCUCACCAUGAACGGAUCCGAGGGAGAGCUGGAGUACGAGGAGAUCACUUUGGAGAGGGGAAACUCUGGUCUGGGCUUCAGUAUCGCAGGAGGGACCGAUAACCCUCACAUUGGAGACGACCCGUCCAUCUUCAUCACUAAGAUCAUCCCGGGAGGAGCCGCCGCUCAGGACGGCCGCCUGCGGGUGAACGACAGCAUAGUGUUCGUGAAUGACGUGGACGUGCGCGAGGUGACGCACUCCCUGGCCGUGGAGGCCCUGAAGGAGGCGGGGCCGGUGGUGCGGCUGUACGUCCUGCGGCGGCGCCCGGCCAGCGAACGCAUCACGCAGAUCAAACUGAUGAAGGGCCCCAAAGGUCUGGGCUUCAGCAUCGCGGGCGGAGCAGGAAACCAACACGUCCCGGGAGACAACAGCAUCUACGUCACUAAGAUCAUCGAGGGGGGGGCGGCACACCGAGACGGACGCCUGCAGAUCGGGGACAAGAUACUGGCGGUGAACCACGUGUCCCUGGAGGACGUGCUUCACGAGGACGCGGUGGUGGCUCUGAAGAACACGGGCGAGGUGGUGUACCUGAAGGUUUCCACGCCCAACGCCCAGUACAUCCAACAGGCCGACAGAUACAGCCCCCCCGACCUCACCAGCUCCUACAUGGAGCCGGACUACCUGUGUGAUUACCCAGAAGCCCCUCUGUCUCCGCGCCAGUACUCCCCCGUGCCCCGGUGCAUGCUGGGAGAAGAGGAGUCCUCGCGGGAGCCUCGGCGCGUGGGGGUGCAGCGGGGGGGCAGCGGCCUGGGGUUCAACAUCGUGGGGGGGGAGGACGGGGAGGGCAUCUUCAUCUCCUUCAUCCUCUCUGGAGGACCAGCUGAUCUGAGCGGGGAGCUGAGGAAGGGGGACCAGAUCCUCAGCGUGAACGGCGUGGAUCUCAGGUUUGCGACUCAUGAACAGGCAGCCGCCGCUCUGAAGAACGCCGGACAGACGGUCACCAUCGUGGCUCAGUACAGACCAGAGGAGUACAGCCGCUUCGAGGCGAAGAUCCACGACCUGAGGGAGCAGAUGAUGAACAGCUCGUCAGGAAGUCUGAGGGUCAACCGCAGCUUCUACCUCCGGGCGCUGUUUGACUACGAUAAGCAGUGGGACUGUGGAGUCCUGUCUCAGGCGCUGGACUUCAGCUUCGGAGACGUGGUCCACGUGACGGACAGCAGCGACGACGAAUGGUGGCAGGCCAGGAGGGUGAGCCCGGGGGGGGAGCCUGAGGAGACCGGGUACAUCCCCUCCAAACACAGGGUGGAGAGGAAGGAGUGGUCCCGCAUGAAGAGCAAAGGUAGAGAAGGCUUCGUCCACAGCUACGAGCUCGUCUCUCAGAUCGAAGUGGAUUACGCUCGGCCAAUCAUCAUCCUCGGUCCGACCAAAGAUCGCGUUAACGACGACCUUCUCUCCGAGUUUCCCGACAAGUUCGGAUCCUGCGUUCCCCACACCACCCGCCCCCGACGGGAUUACGAGGCGGACGGACGGGAUUAUCACUUCGUGGCGUCGCGGGAGCAGAUGGAGCGCGACAUCCAAUCACAUCGCUUCAUCGAGGCGGGGCAGUACAACAGCCACCUGUACGGGACGUCAGUGCAGAGCGUCCGGCAGGUGGCCGAGCAGGGGAAGCACUGCAUCCUAGACGUGUCGGCUAACGCGGUGCGGAGGCUUCAGGCGGCGCAGCUUCACCCCGUCGCCAUCUUCAUCAGACCCAGAUCUCUGGAGAACAUCCUGGAUCUGAACAAGCGUCUGUCGGAGGAUCAGGCGAGGAAGGCUCUGGAUCGAGCCAUCAAGCUGGAACAGGACUUCCUGGAGUGUUUCACAGCGGUGGUGCAGGGCGACAGCUUCGAGGAGGUGUAUCACCUGGUGAAGGCAGUGAUCGAGGAGCAGGGCGGGCCCUACAUCUGGGUCCCUGCCCGCGAGAGGCUCUGAUUGGCUGCUGCUGACGUCUCCAUGGAAACCACCGGCAGCCAGCAGCGUUUCUGGGUCCUGUCUGCGAGAGGACGAGUGCUGUGAUUGGACGGAGAGAGCUGUCUGUCUCUCUACCCGUCUGCCCCUCUUCACCUGUCCCUUACCUGUCACUCCCUCCUCCUGUGUCUGUCUCACCUGUCUGUCUCACCUGUCUGUCUCUCACCUGUCUGUCUCUCACCUGUCUGUCCCUCACCUGUCUGUCUCUCACCUGUCUGUCUCUCACCUGUCUGUCUCUCUCGAGGCGCAGACAGACAGGAAUCAGGACUGUAGAGCUCAGUUGGUAUUAAAGUAUUUAUAUUAUCCUAUUUAUUUAUUUAUCUAUUUAUUUAUGUGAUGUGAAAAUGAUGUAUGAGUGUGUGUGUGUGUGUGU